AUGUGUAUUUCAUGUUUCUUCACUGGCGUCCUUUAUGCAUUCCCGAUAUGCAUUGAUUUUGCCAUUAUAAAAAAUCCAGAUGAUACAGUUUUUCAAUCAGUCUUAGCUACAUAUGUUAGACUCAGUAUGAAUUUGAACUCAUUGGUCUUCAUUAUUACUAUCUAUUUGCGUCAAUCUGAUAUUGCAGAUGCUGUUCGACGAUUAUUUUGUAAAUCUAAUACGUCUAAAAUUAUUACGAUGGGUAGUAGUAUCUCAACAAAUGUUGUUCAAAAUCAAAGUUAUAUGGCUUGGCAGAAAUCGCCAAAUUCAUUCACUAAAUAA